AUGACCAAAACAAUAGGGGUCAUUGCCAUGAGCUUGCUAUGCUCACUUGUUGCUGUCCAAUUGAUUGUUGCAGUGAGCGCCGCCGGUGAUGAGGCCGCUUUGCUUGCUUUCAAAGCACAGCUCAGCCACGGGGACUCGCUGGCCUCCUGCAACAGCACUGCUGACUUCUGUAGCUGGGAAGGCGUGACGUGCCACCGCAGGCCGGGACGGGUGGUGGCGCUGAGAUUGAAUGGCACCGGGAUUGCCGGAGCACUCACCCCGGCCAUCGGGAACCUCACGUUCCUUCCGAUGCUCGACCUGAGCUUCAACUCGCUCCACGGGGACAUCCCGGCAAGCCUUGGCCGCCUCCGCCGCCUACGGAGCCUUCACUUGUACGACAACUCGUUCUCAGGCACGUUACCAGCAAACCUGAGCUCGUGUGUCUCCAUGAUUGACAUGAGACUGGACAACAACACGAUUGGCGGGUACAUCCCAACUGAGCUUGGUGAGAAGCUCACGUACUUGGCACGGAUCACACUGAGAAACAACACCUUCACAGGGACCAUCCCGUCUUCGCUGGCCAAUCUGUCCCAUCUACAGUCCCUCGACCUCUCUACUAACCAGCUCGUGGGGUCGAUCCCACCGGAGCUCGGUAGCAUCCGGAGUAUGCGGUAUUUCAGUCUCGCCGGAAACAAUAUCUCUGGUAUGCUCCCACCAUCUCUCUACAACUGGUCAUCACUGGAAUUUUUGCACGUAGGGUUCAAUAUGCUAUACGGAAGCAUUCCGGAUAAUAUCGGGAACAAGUUCCCUAAGAUGAAAGCUCUAAGCUUGUCUUCUAAUAACGUCAUUGGAGUCCUCCCUUCAUCACUAUCCAAUAUGUCUGAUCUCACAAUACUUGAUCUCUGGAAAAAUAAAUUUAGUGGGUACGUCCCUCCCACAUUAGGGAGGCGUGGAGCGCUCCAACAACUGACCUUGGUUGACAAUAAGCUUGAAGCAGAUGACAACAAGGGGUGGGAAUUCAUAACUUCUUUGGCAAACUGCAGUCAACUAGAGAGGUUGGAACUCGGCAUCAAUUCUUUUGGAGGACAGCUACCAGCUUCAAUUGUGAACCUCUCAACGACUCUCUACGACUUAUACAUAGCAGACAAUAGGGUCUCUGGGGUCAUUCCUACAGACAUAGGAAAUUUGGUCGGUCUCAGAAGGCUUAUAAUAGCAAAUACUUCCAUAUCCGGAGUGAUUCCAGAGAGUGUUGGCAAGCUACAGAACUUGAUAAAUCUAGGCUUGUACAAUAAUAGCUUGGUCGGCCUUAUACCUCCCACGCUAGGAAACCUUUCACGGUUGACUAGGCUUUAUGCAGGCAAUGGCAACUUGGAGGGGCCAAUUCCAGCAAGCCUGGGAGAGUUGAAGAACCUCUUUGUACUUGAUUUGUCAAAGAAUUACCAUCUUAACGGUUCAAUACCAAGAGAGAUUUUGAAAUUACAUAGCUUUUCUUGGUAUUUGGACUUGUCAUACAAUUCCCUUUCUGGACUCAUUCCUAGUGAAGUUGGUAGCUUAAUAAACCUUAACCGACUUACUCUAUCAGGGAACCAGUUUUCUGGUAAGAUACCUGACAGUAUUCAAAAUUGCAUAGUGUUGGAAUGGUUAUCAUUAGACAGUAAUUUGUUUGAGGGAAGCAUACCUCGACCAUUGACAAAUAUAAAGGGGCUCACUAAACUGAACCUGACCAUGAAUAAGUUCUCUGGUAAUAUCCCAGCAGCCCUCGGAAAUAUUAUUAGAAACUUACAGGAACUGUACUUAGCACACAACAACUUAUCAGGGUCAAUCCCAAUAGUUCUACAAAAUUUGACAUCUUUGUCUGAACUGGAUAUAUCCUUCAAUAAUUUGCAAGGGGAGGUGCCAAACAAAGGUGUUUUCAGAAACAUCACUUACUUAGCAGUCACCGGGAAUAUCAAUUUGUGUGGUGGUACAACUCAACUUCAUUUGGUUCCAUGCCCCAGAAGCUCGUUAAGAAAGACCAACAGAAAGAUGCAAAAGUCUCUUGUAAUUUUCAUAGGGACAGCUGGAGCAAUCUUGCUGUCACUUUUAGUUAUUCUUCUUGUUUGGAUACUUGUCAAGAAGCUCAAACCAAGUCAGAAGAGAUUAGAACAAAAAUCAAUUUUUGAUAACCAUUACAAGAGAAUCUCAUAUCAUGCAUUAUUGAGGGGAACUAAUGAAUUUUCAGAAGCCAACUUACUUGGGAGAGGAAGUUAUGGUGCGGUCUAUAAGUGUGUUUUGGACAAGGAAGAAAGACCAUUGGCUGUCAAGGUAUUUAAUCUUGGUCAAUCUAGGGAUUCCAAGAGUUUUGAUGCCGAGUGUGAGGCUAUGAGAAGGAUACGACACCGUUGUCUCGUUAAGAUCGUUACUUCUUGUUCGAGCGUCAACCACCAAGGUCACGAAUUCAAGGCAUUGGUUUUUGAGUUCAUGCCAAAUGGUAACUUGGAUUGUUGGCUUCAUACAAAAUCUCAAGAGCCCACUGCAAACAACAGGCUCAGCCUCCUCCAAAGGCUUGAUAUUGCUGUUGAUAUCAUGGACGCAGUAGAAUACCUGCACAACUACUGUCAACCAUUGGUGAUCCAUUGCGAUCUUAAGCCAAGCAACAUACUUCUUACCGAAGACAUGAGCGCACGAGUUGGAGACUUUGGCAUUUCAAGGAUCCUUCAAGAAAAUACAAGCGAGGGAAUGCAUACUUCAUAUAGCUCAACUGGAAUUAGAGGUUCCAUAGGCUAUGUUGCUCCAGAGUACGGGGAAGGCUCCAUGGUCUCAACAGCUGGUGAUAUUUAUAGUCUUGGCAUAUUGCUGCUUGAGAUGUUCACCGGGAAGAGCCCAACAGAAGGCACAUUCAGAGAUUCAUUGGAUCUGCAUAAGUUUGUCGAGGAUGCUCUUCCAGAUAGGUCCAUGGAGAUAGCUGACCGAACAAUCUGGCUGCACAACGGAAAGAAUGAUAACACUACCAGUAUUAGAAUGCAGGAGUGCUUGGUUUCAGUCUUCAGGCUUGGCCUCUCAUGCUCAAAGCAACAGCCUCGAGACCGAGCACUGACGAGAGAUGUAGUGGCAGAGAUGCACACUAUUAGAGACGCCUACCUCAAGUUUAUAGCGGAGCAUCAAGGACAAUAG